AUGUACGAAGGGAUUGACAACCUGAAAUCCCUUUACGACCGUGCCGGAGAGAAUUUCUCCGGCGGUCCUUCUGCGGCACAGGAUGUGCCGCGUCGUACUGCUCAACCAGACCCAGUACGUCGAUCAUCAGUUGGGAGCGGGGCUCCCAAGAAUCCCAGGACGGAGGAUAGCCGCGCCACCGGACGAGAUAACUCGUCCGACGUCCGUUCACGUCGCGGUGGUUCAACAGCUGCUCAACUAGAUAGCGCUGGCCACCGCGAGAGUCCUCUAAUGGAGGUGGAGGAGGAGGAAAGAAGCUCUCCACACGAUCAUGUGGAUCCGUGUGUUCCCGAGAGCUUCUUUGAUCGCGUAACGCAAGGGUUACGCGACGAUCUCGAACAUGAGCGGGACAGGCGUCUCCAAAUGGCGGACACUGCCCUCGAAGCAUCGAGCUGA